AUGAUCCUUCAUCAUCUCUCGUGGGACGUCGCAAUCAUCGGAGCAGGCCUGUCCGGCCUCAGUACAGCGAAGGACCUCACCAAGGCAGGGAAGUUCUUCGUCAUCCUCGAAGCCCAGGAGCGCGUCGGCGGCCGUGUCCUUAAUAUCCAUCUACCUAAUGGAGGAAUCACGGAAGCAGGUACCGAAUUCGUCGGUCCCACGCAAGAUCGUGUACUAUUACUGGCCGAAGAGCUAGGUCUUCAGACAUAUCCGACAUAUACGGCUGGGAAGGACAUCCUCUAUCGCAAUGGUACGGCAUCACUCUUCUCCGGAGACCUUGCAAGUGGGGGUUACCGCCGCUUCAACCCACUGCUCUCCUCCAGCUCGGCCGAAUGGGAUAGCAUAACCUUCAAAGAAUGGGCGGAUAAAGAGGCACCCCAUCCCGACGCCAAAUUUCUCCUCGGGCUAGCGAGCACAUCGGUUCUCUCGACCGAGACAUGGGAACCGUCGCUGCUGUAUACGCUUGCCUAUAUCGCUACUGCGGGAAAUGAGACGACGAAAGGCACGCUGGAACGACUGACAGGAGUACAAAACGCAGCGCAGGAGAAACGCAUCGUCGGCGGUACGCAGCUGUUGGCAGUUCAGCUCGCGCAACGACUUGGACUGGAGAAUAUUGUCUUCAAUUCACCGGUUCCUCUCAUUAAACAGAUAGGAGAUCAGUACGUGGUGGUCGCUGAUGGGGAUCGUAUGGGGCGAUUAUGGGCCUCAUAGAAGCGGACGAAGCGAGAAGGGCAGAUCUACUGUCCGAGAAGGAAAUACAAGAUGAAGUGAUGAAGGACUACGUGAACUAUUUUGGCCCCGAGGCUGCGAAUGUCUCGUCGUGGGUCAUACAGCAAUGGGACUUGGAAGAGUUUUCCCGUGGAGGUCCUGUGGCAUUUUCUCCGACGGGGAUUAUUAGCCAAUACGGGGUAGCCUUG